AAUCGCUUGUCGUUCAGUAGUUUGAUUAUUCUUCACAAUUUAAUUUUUCCUUUAUACAUUUUGAAAGCAUAUAUUUGAUUUUUUAUCGUCGGACGGAACAAUCGGUGGUUCAAGGUUUGUACUGCCUAAGAAAAUUUGGGCAGGUAUCGUAUUUUUCAGCUACUAGCAACAAAGUAAAGAUCUCUCCUUCUUCAUACUUUCAACAGCCAGCACAGAAACUAAAAUCCCACCGACAAAAGUCAAAUCUUUUUCCCAGCAAUUCUCAGCUCAAACCCAAACCAGCAUCCAUUUUUUGUGUUGUAGUGAGUGGGUGCUUUUUUUGUUGGAGUAGAUAUGAUGCGGAUGAGAACUAAAACUAUGGGAAUGGGAUUGGGAAUCCCACCGACAGAUAGUACGGCCGCAAACGGCGCCGGCGGAACUGGAGGAGGAGGAGGAGGAGUUGAUGGGAAUUGGGAGAUGAGGCCUGGUGGAAUGCUGGUUCAGAUGCGAACUGAUUCGGAUCAAUAUCGACCUCCUCCUCCUACUAUCCGGGUUAGGGUCAAGUAUGGCUCUGUUUACCAUGAGAUAAAUAUUAACUCACAAUCAAGCUUCGGGGAGUUGAAGAAGAUGUUAUCUGGGCCUACUGGAUUGCACCAUCAAGAUCAGAAAUUGUUGUUCAAGGAUAAAGAGAGGGACUCAAAUGCUUUUCUUGAUACUUCGGGUGUGAAAGAUAAAUCCAAAAUUGUGCUGGUGGAGGACCCAAUUAGCCAAGAGAAGUACCUUGAGAUGAGAAAGACUGCUAAAAUGGAGAAGGCCGCUAAAUCUAUAUCAGAGAUCAGUUUGGAGGUUGAUAGGCUAGCUGGACAGGUGUCAGCGCUUGAAUCUGUAAUUUCUAGAGGUGGAAAAGUUGCGGAAAAGGAUGUAUUAAAUCUGAUCGAGCUAUUGAUGAAUCAACUUCUUAAGUUAGAUGGAAUUAUUGCGGAUGGGGAUGUCAAACUGCAGAGGAAAAUGCAGGUGAGACGAGUACAGAAGUACGUUGAGACUCUGGAUAUGUUGAAGGUAAAAAUAGCUCCAAUCAGUAAUGGCAAUGCUGCAAGCCUGGGAAAUCACAUCCCCAUGCAGCAGCUGUCAUCACCAACCCAACAGCUGUCUUCGCCUGUCCAACAGCAGCAACAGAGGUUUUCUCGUGAUCAUCUAUCAUCCUCAGUUGAACAACAGCAGGGUAGGCAUUCCUUUGGGUCCAUGCAGCCGCAGCAACAACUGCAACCAUCAAGGCACUCAGCUUCGAGCCAUGUUCUGAUCACCACUCAAUGGGAAACUUUUGAUUCCAUUCCCGCACCAGUGCCUCCUGGAUCCAAAGCUUCAACAAGUACCUUGGGUUCAGCUCAACCUAGAUUCAACUGGGAUUUGCUUUGAGUACGCAAAAGGCCUAUUUAAUAUCAGCACUGUGUGGAUGCCUUUUUUUUUUUUUUUUUAAAGGUGGUUUGAUGCCUAUUCCCAAUUCUUUGCUGUAUCUAGAGUUUUUUUAGCGUCCCCUUUAUGUGCCCAUUCAGUUGACAAAUAAUUGGGGAUUCAGUUAGAGUCAUUGAUACUAUCAGUUUUCUUUCUCCUGUUGUGUUGUAUUCAUUACCACUUGUAAGUUUUCCGCAAUGAUAUAGGGAACGAUAGGUUGAGAUUCUUACAUAGGAUUUUCCAUGAUGGAAAAAUGUAUUUGGACAAAAUAUUCUACCAAGCGAUAAUUCUUUUUCCUUUCUA